UUCCAGUCUUCCAGAGUUCAGGCUUCUUGGCCCUUUUUGUUUUUUUUUGUUUUUUUGGGAUCACCAAAGUUUGAUCCCCCAAGAAAAAGAUAGGAGGGACCCGCCUCUUCUUCGUCUUCAUCAUCAUACACCGCAGCCGCCGCAAUGACAGGCGGGACCAACACCCACGGGGACCAACCCAGGAGAAGCUUUGGGGAUGGAGGAGGAGGAUACCAACCUCAAUCCUCCUCCCCAUCUCUAUCCCCAAACCUCCACUCCCAUCGCAAACCAUGGCAAUCGCAACCGCAGUCGCAGUCUCAAUCCCGAUCCCGACGCAGCUCUUCCCUCCGAUCUGGGGGUGAAAGACAUCCACAGCAGCAGCAGCAUCGCUCCGACCCCGGGGCAAGACACGACCCCCCCUCCACUUUAGCAUCAGCAUCAUCAUCAUCCAAAUGGUACCGCGUCCGCUUGUUCCGGGGCAUGGUCAAGGACGUCAAGCGCCGGGCGCCGUAUUAUUGGAGUGAUUGGACGGAUGCGUGGGAUUAUCGCGUCGUGCCGGCGACGGUUUAUAUGUAUUUCGCUAAUAUCCUCCCUGCGUUGGCGUUCUCCCUCGACAUGUUCGAGAAGACCAACCAGAGCUAUGGCGUGAAUGAGGUGCUGUUGGCCUCGGUGCUCGGGGCGGUGGUUUUCUCGGUCUUCGCGGCGCAGCCGUUGGUUAUUGUUGGGGUUACUGGUCCUAUUACGGUAUUCAAUUAUACUGUUUAUGAUAUCAUCGCUUCGAGAGGCACGAAUUAUCUGGCGUUUAUGUGCUGGAUUGGCAUAUGGUCGUUGAUCAUGCAUUGGUUGCUGGCCAUCACCAACGCCUGCAAUGGGCUGACCUACGUGACGCGCUUCUCGUGCGACAUCUUCGGCUUCUACGUCGCGUUCAUCUACCUGCAGAAGGGCAUCCAGGUCCUGACCCGACAAUGGGGCUCCGCGGGCGAGACCUCCGCCUACCUGAGUAUCAUGGUCGCCUUGCUGGUGCUGAUGGCGGGCUGGAUCUGUGGCGAGCUGGGCAAUAGCAGCCUCUUCCAGAGAUUCGUGCGCAAGUUCCUGGAGGACUACGGCACUCCGUUGACUAUUGUCUUCUUCACGGGCUUCGUGCACAUCGGCCAUAUGAGGGACGUCGAGGUGGCCACUCUGCCGACCAGCAAGGCCUUCUUCCCCACCGCGGAUCGAGGCUGGUUGGUCCAUUUCUGGGACAUCAGCGUCGGGGAUGUGUUCCUGGCGAUCCCGUUUGCCAUCCUCCUGACGAUCCUGUUCUAUUUUGACCACAACGUGUCCUCACUGAUCGCCCAGGGAACCGAGUUCCCGCUUCGUAAACCCGCCGGGUUCCACUGGGACCUGUGGCUCCUGGGCCUCACCACCUUCGUGGCCGGUCUGCUAGGCAUCCCCUUUCCCAACGGGCUGAUCCCCCAGGCGCCCUUCCACACGGCCGCCCUCUGCGUGACGCGCGACGUUGCCGACGAAGACGACACCAACAAGGGCAAGGCCAUCCGCAUCACCGACCACGUCGUCGAGCAGCGCGUCAGCAACCUCGCCCAGGGCCUGCUCACCCUCGGCACGAUGACCGGCCCGCUCCUCAUCGUCGUCCACCUGAUCCCGCAGGGCGUCCUCGCGGGCCUCUUCUUCAUCAUGGGCGUCCAGGCGCUCCAGGGCAACGGCAUCACGCAGAAGCUCGUCUUCCUCGCCCAGGACCGCCGCCUCACCCCGGCCGCCAACCCGCUCAAGCGGCUCAAGCGCCGUCCCGCCAUCUGGGCCUUUGUCAUCGCCGAGCUGAUCGGCUUCGGCGCCACUUUUGCCAUCACGCAGACCAUCGCGGCCAUUGGCUUCCCGGUCAUCAUCCUGCUGCUGAUCCCCGUCCGCUCGUUCCUGUUCCCGCGGUGGUUCACCGCGGAGGAGCUAGGGGUCCUCGAUGGGCCGGCGGCGAGUCCGUUCACGAUGGAGAGCGUGGGCGGGACGCACGGUUUGGAUGAUUCGUUUGGGGGCGAGGGGGCAUUGGCGGGACACGACGGUGGGCGGAGCAACUCGAAGGCCCGCGGUGGUGAGGACAAUGGUGUCUUUGCGAAUCGGGACGAGAGUUCGUCGGAGUCCGUGGUGGGUGAUGAUCUGGAGAGGGGGGAGGUGUUUGAGAUGCAGAGGUCGGCGGUGCGGCGGAGGAGUACCACGGGCGUGAAGGAUUGAUGUUUUUAUGUGUAUGCUUUGGGAUGGCCAGAAGCUGCUCUGGUUGUUGUUCGAGUGGAUGCUGGCUUGGGAUAGAUGUGUGUGAAUGACUUCCGUGACGGAAUUCUAGAGUCUAGAUUCAACCCAGUUAUAUAUAAUUCUUGAUCACCGCCCG